GUUACUAUUGCAUCUGUUCUGUCAGGUGACUCAAGAUUUUGUUGCCAAGCAACUUGCUUGAAUUCACUCUUCAAAUGCCUGGUUGCUAUGCAAUUAGGUGUUGCUGACUGACAACAGAACUAUUGAACACAAAUUAUGGAAAGCGUGCUUUUUCGUGGUUUACGGGUUCAGUGGGUUUACUUCAAAGCGAUCAAAUUUCUAUUUGACGACCUUGUUUGACGGGGUUGUGUGCGGUCGUCAUUCAAUAUAACAAGUACCAGUCAUGCCUGCUGAGAUGAUCAAUGCCAGCCUGGAAGCCUGGCUGACAGCUCCUCUGGAUGAGAUCGGACGUCGGUUCUCCGCCGGUUUGGCGGCCGGCCUUUCCGCUGCCGCGGCUGAGCAGCAGGCUGCCGCCGCGCUGACAGAAUUCGCCAGCCAGCCGGACAUCUGGCGCCAGCUGCCUCUCCUCAACGCCACACCCUCGCACGCCUGGCGCGCCGGACGGCUGGCGCGCUUCCGCGGGAUGGUGCAGGACAUGCACGACCCCGAGUUCUACCUGCGGGCGUUCGGCGUCCGCGGCGCCGGCGCCACGCGCACUGCCUGCGGUCGCUACCGGGACGUGGUCGACUGCGGCCCAGAUGAAGCACUCGACCCUGACGUGCAGGAGACGGGAGACCGACAGACGCUGCGCUGUGUGACGGUCCCCCGCCGCACGCCCUGGUCACGGGAGGAAGACCGUCCCGCGGCGCCGCCCACCGAGACAGGAAGUGGUGAGAGGGAGUCCUCGGCUGCCAAACGGACCCACGAGGACGAGGAAGAGGACUGUGAGAUGCAGGAGGAAACUACAGCGGAGGACGGGGAAAAGAAGGUCCGCACGACGAACGGAUCGGCAAACUCGACUGCGCCGGCCACUGGUGGCGAGAACUCCUCUGAACAAAGCGCUGCGUCUGUUGCCGCUGCGGCGGUGGCGCGCGAUCUCCCCAUACCCGGCUCAGACGCCAUGGUGUGUCUGGUCAAGGUGUACAGCGACGAGCACGAGCUGGCGCUCAACGAUCUGGUAGAGUUUGUCGGCGUGGUAACGCUCGAUCCGACGCUGGCGGCCGCGCCGGAGGUUGAGGACGCUAUGGAGGCGGACGAGGCGGCGGCGCACCACCCGCCGCCGUCGCUGGCGCCGCGCCUGCACGCUGUCACGUGGCGCCGCCUGGAGCACAGUAACCCCCUACUGCCGGACGUGCUGCCCGCGCCUCCGGCAGAGGCGGCGGAGGAGAUGUCUGCCACCCGCCGCCAGCUGCUGACCGUCCUGCAGACCGCGCUGCUGGGCGAUGCGCUGGCCGCUGAGCUGGUCCUCUGCCAUCUCCUCUCCUCUGUCUACAUCCGUCACGACGUCAUGGCGCUGGGGAAGCUGGCUCUGAACGUGUCGAACCUGACCCCCGCGGCGACAGCGGCCGGUCUGCCGCGGCGGCUCUACUCGCUACUGGAGAGACUGACGGAGAAGGCGCUGCUCGUGCCACUGUCGAUCGCCCACCUGAACUCUGCGACACUCGUGCCCAGUAAGGACUACAAGCGUAACGUGCUGGUGACGGGAGACCUGCAGCUGAGCCGCAACACCCACCUGGUACUGGACGAGACAGAGCUGUCGCAGGGUCAGCUGGAUGAGCGCGGCGUCAAGAACCUCUCCGCGCUGGGUCACCUGAUCACCUGGCAGAAGGUCGAGUAUGACUUCUCGUUCCACCGUCUGGCGUACGAGGCGGACGUGCCGGUCCUGGUGCUGUCCGAGGGUCGCUCUCUGCUGCCCUCUGACUGCCGGGUGCCCCUGCAGCCCGCGGAGGAGGCUGAGAGACUGCCAGAGCAGCACCGCGCGCUGGAGGAGUACCUGACGCCGUCCCUGCUCCAACAGAUCAGGAGAUACCUGACGGUGUGCCGACGCCUGCCCUACGCGGUCCCCGAGGCUCUCCAGGCUGCCGUCCAGCAGGAGUUCGUCAGCUGGCGGCAGGAGUCGGGUAACCAGGUGAAGGCAGAGGACCUCCACCACCUGCUGGUGCUGGCGCGCCUGCUCAGCCUGUCCCACGGAAAGACAGAGCUGACAGAGGAGGUGUGGAGGGAGGCGCGCCGGAUAGAGGAGCAGAGGAGGGCGCGCGUGGAGCGCGCCGGACCCACACCCGUCGCUGCCUGAGCGGUGACCUGAUACUGGAAGGGUGAGUGGGAUGGAAACGACCUUUUGUGAGAAACCGAUGGGUGUUCGCGAAUUUGAUGGAAAGUUUGGAAAACGUGCAAGCUUUGCACAGGUAGCAUUCCAGUUGUGACACGCACUUUCGAUUGUCUGCAAAAUCGGCGCAUGUGAUUAGUUCGGGUGUUGUGUGGCCUUCCAGUACGGCCAUGUUUGUGGUAAAGUACAACGUGCGGCGAGAUGGCCCGGUGAUAGAAGUGAUUCGGUAAGAUGAUUUGGGGUUUCAGCAAGUCCGCUGAAACACCUGAGACCUGAAUGAUGGUGUGAUGUGUUGUCGCUUGCUCGGCGUGUUGUUUGGUCUGAUACAUGUAAGGAACUGAACCUGUUUCGGCUAAUACUGCUGAAGCGUUUUGACUACCUGAUUCGUUAGGAGAUUGUGAGGACCAACGUUUGUGUGUCCUAGUUUUCUACCGCUCUCUGCUUGAAGCUCAGCGUCUCUUCCUCUAGUGCAUUGUUUUGAUCAAUACACCAGCUUUGCUAUUA